AUGGACACCACGAUAGCACAGCAGCAGUCCUUUGACCGCCUUCAAUUUCCCCAGACCGGCCUUGAUAUGAGCCCGCAACAGGUGUCGCCACUUUCAUACUACGACCCUCAGGCCGACUUCAGCGCCGACUCAGCGCCCUCACGAGGCUCUCCCAUCUCUCCCAUCUUUGGCAACGCUUUUCAGCUGCCCAUCGACCCUGACUGGCCCGCCUACCUCGACAAGAGCGGCAUGUCUCCCGAUCUCGACAUGUACUACGGCGAGUCCUUCGGCGGUCCUUUGGCCUUCGUCGACGCGCAGGCGCAGAACUCCACACUCAGCCCAGCCGCCAACCCCUUGGAUCUCAUGUCCGAAAGUGUGGCGUUUGGCGGUGAUCUCAACGAUGUCCAACCCCUCUUCCAGUCGGCUCCCGCACCAACAACACUGUCUAUCGCCAACCCGCCAGCGGCCGCCACGGCCCGGAUGGCGCGGAUGACGCAAUCUCGGUCCCAGUCUCAGUCCUCGACCACACCAACGGCACCCGCGGCACAGGUCCAGACCCGCAGUCAGCAGCGCGCCGCCCAACGCGCGCCCGCCCGCCGCCCCGCCGAUCUCAAGCGCAAAUCGUCGACCUGCGACGACUCGGCCUCGUCCCGCUCGACCUCGCCGGAGCCCCCGGCACGCCGCACCAAGCACGCCGGCGCCGGCGCCGCCGACCCGAGCAAGAACCCGCACAACCUCAUCGAGAAGCGCUACCGCGUCAACAUCAACGAGAAGAUCCUCGCCCUGCGCGACGCCGUGCCCGCCCUGCGCUGCGCCAUGCAGCUCCAGCAGCCCGGGGCCGAGGCCGCCGACAACGACGACGACGCCGCCGUCGCCGAGGAGCUCGGCGGUCUCAUGCCCGCGCGCAAGCUCAACAAGGCCACCAUCCUCAGCAAGGCUACCGAGUACAUCAGCCACCUGGAGAAGAAGAACGAGCGCCUGGCGCGGGAGAAUGAGGAGCUCGAGAAGAGGCUCUCUGAGGCGCAGAGGUGGCAGAGGGCGCAGGCGGAGGCCGCGGGGUACUGGGUUUAG